UGAGAAGGAAAAAAACAGAUUCAAAACCCUAAACCCAUACACAUGUGAAAGAACAAAUACCAAUAUUACGACGAACUUCGUCAUCAUUUUAUAAGGGGAAAUUGGGGAUAACCCCAAUAUUAUGAUUGAUUAAAAAUAUAUAUAAAAGGGGGGGGGGGGUCACAGACUCACAGUUAGUGCAGACUGCUCUGUCCUGAGUUUCGUGUUUAAAUUGAAAUGCUCGUUUGGUGUAUUAAAAGGCAGAUUGCUUUAGCCAACGCCAAAAAUCUGAUUCCGGGUCUCACUUGUUUCUCAUCACCACUUACUCGCAGUGCAGGUAUGUCUUCGAUGGCAGAGAAGAAAGAUGUGGACAAAGAUAAACCCAUCACUCGUGUUCUUUUUUGCGGACCACAUUUUCCAGCUUCACAAAUUUAUACCAGAGAGUACUUGGAGAAGUAUCCUUUUAUCCAAGUUGAUGAUGUGCCCCUCAAGCAAGUUCCUGAUCAUAUUGGGAACUAUGAUCUUUGUGUUUCAAAAAACAUGCUGUUUGAUUCAAAUGUCUUAUCUCGUGCAAAACAGAUGAAGCUUAUAAUGCAAUUUGGUGUUGGCCUAGAAGGCAUUGAUAUUGAUGCUGCUACAAAGCAUGGGAUAAAAGUUGCCAGAAUUCCUGGUGAUGCUACUGGAAAUGCUGCAUCUUGUGCUGAAAUGGCUAUAUAUCUAACGUUGGGCCUUCUUCGGAAACAGAAUGAAAUGCAAAUAUCUGUAAAGCAGAAAAUGCUUGGAGAGCCUAUUGGGGAAACACUUCUUGGGAAAACAGUCUUUAUAAUGGGAUUUGGAAAUAUUGGAAUUGAUUUGGCAAAGCGCUUGAAACCAUUUGAUGUUAAAAUUAUUGCUACAAAAAGGAGCUGGCCCUCCAACUCGGAAGUUCUUAUCCCGAAAGCCUUUCCAACUCAAAAUGGGGUUCUCGAUGAUUUGGUUGACGAGAAAGGCAGUCAUGGUGAUAUCUAUGAGUUUGCAAGCAAGGCUGACAUAGUUGUCUGUUGCUUGAGUAUGAAUAAAGAAACAGUUGGCAUUCUGAACAAGCCCUUCAUAUCUUCAAUGAAAAAGGGAGCCCUUUUGGUGAAUAUUGCUCGAGGGGGUCUUCUUGACUAUGAGGCUGUUGUGCAACAUCUUGAGUCUGGACACUUGGGAGGCUUAGGAAUUGAUGUUGCAUGGAAAGAACCAUUUGACCCUAAUGACCCAGUUUUGAAAUUUAAGAAUGUUAUACUUACACCUCAUGUUGCCGGGGUUACCGAACAUUCAUAUAGAUCAAUGGCUAAGGUGGUUGGUGAUGUUGCCUUACAACUUCAUGCUGGAAAACCCCUGAAAGGGAUAGAGCUGGUCAAUUAGUUGACUCAGAAUCAAACCUAUCAAUGUGACAAUCAAAAUCUAAAUAAAAUUCUAUUUAAGGUUCAAUAUAUUGACCAUCCUGGGCCAUGCUAAAUCUAGAGGUUUAAGCCCUAUAACAGUUUAAAUGGCAGAGAGAUAGGGAAAUAUAUUCAGUAGAUUGCUUAGAGGAUCCUGUUCAGCACAUUGCUUUAGGUUCAGUAUUUUAUUUGAAACUUAAUAUUUCCAUGAUUUUAAAUAAAUAUUUGUUUGAAGUUUGGGAUA